AUGGCAGACAUGUUGAAACCCAAUACGUCCGUGCCAUGGAUGGGCGUUCUAGGCCCUUUCAUCGCGGUGUUGCCGCUUCUUUAUUCCCUUUAUCGAUACCUCCUGCCGAAGCCCAUUCCUGGAAUCCCUUAUAAUAAAGACGCCACGAAGAGUCUCCUCGGCGAUAUCCCUCAGAUCAAGAAAGAAUCUCCCGGCAAUAUCUUUAACUGGAUCUCAGCCCAGUCUCGUCGCCAUAACAGCCCCAUCUUCCAAAUCUGGCUGGGCCCUUUUACGAAACCUGCUGUCGUCGUUGCCGAUUUCCGCGAGGGCCAGGAUAUUCUUCUGCGCCGAAAGGAGUUUGACCGCUCUAACUUUAUGAGUAGUGUCUUGUCCGGCGAGGCAAAUUCUUUCCAUAUUACCUUGAAGACAGGCCCACAGUGGAAGGCUCAACGUCGCUUACUUCAGGACUUGAUGACUCCGGCAUUUCUCCACAGGGUCGCGGCUCCGAAUAUCUACAAGAGUGCCUUGCGCCUCGUAGAUCUCUGGAGAAAGAAAGCGCAUCUUGCCGAUGGGAAGUCAUUUUCAGCAGAGCAUGAUGUCUUCUACGCUGCCCUAGAUGCCGUCUUCGACUUCGGAUUCGGCGACGCUGCCGAGAUGAGGGCCCUCAUUCCUCAACUUGAGGCGUUAGCAACUACCAAUGUCGAAGCCUUGCGAAAUGCAGCAGUCGACAAAGAGGUGUUGAGCUUUCCAACUGCUCCAAUCCAUCCUGCGCUCGAAGCAACCCUACAGGGUGCAGAUAACAUUGGUGGAGUAGCCGAGACUGGGUUUCCAAGGCUUGCAUGGUCAAUCAUUGGGCUUAUGCCUAGUAUCCGUCGGACAAGAGCUGUACGAGACAAGUUUCUUGUGGAUCAGGUCUUGCAGGCGUCGGAGAGAUUCAAACUCCAAGUUCAGAAUGCUGGCGACGAAGAAAAACAUGUGACGUCCGCAAUUGACUUGAUGGUUCGACGACUGAACGGGGUUGUGGAGAAAGAAGGCCACCUUCUCCCCAACUGGAUCGAGACCAUGAAGGACGAGACUUCCGGCUUCAUUGUUGCCGGGCACGACACGACGAGCACGACUCUGUGCUGGGGUCUGAAGUACAUGGCGGAUGAUCAAUCAGUUCAGCAAAGACUCUUCGACAGUCUCCGAAGCUUUCACUCAGCUGCUGCGACCGAAAAUCGACUCCCUACACAUUCCGAGAUUUGCGACGCGAAGAUACCGUAUCUAGACGCAGUCAUUGAAGAGAUGCUUCGACUUGCCCACACAGCAGCCAGCCAGGAUAGAGAUUGCAAAGAAGACACUAUCAUCCUAGGCCAUGCCAUCCCCAAGGGUACCCUCGUGAUGAUCCCGAACAAGGGUCCCAGUUUCACCGAGCCAGGCUAUGAGAUCGAUGAACGCCUACGUAGCUCAUCUUGCCAAAAGGCAGCCAAGGACUUUGGUCUGAGAGUCUGGGACAGCCACGGGAUGGAGAAGUUCAGACCGGAGCGCUGGCUUAUACGGAAUGAGAAGGGCGAGGAUGAGUUCAAUGCUGCUGCUGGUCCAACCCUACCCUUUGGCCUUGGACUUCGAGGCUGUUUUGGACGGAAGUUGGCAUACAUGGAGAUGAAGCUGUUGGUCACCACCCUGGCGUGGUCAUUUGAGUUCCAAAAGUGCCCGGAGAACUUGUCGAGUUACAAGAGCAUUACAAGCCUCACACGGAAGCCUGUUCAGUGCUAUGUGCGCUUGAAGCUUCGUUGA